AUGGAGUUGUACCUCAGCGCCUGCUCCAAGGCUGCCAAUGUCGCCGCUACCAAGACGGCCGCCAGCGGCGUGGCCGCGGACAGCCAGCAGUGCGGAAACGUCGCGCACAAAACCCACUUUCCGGGGAUCGGAGCGGCUCAACUACUGGAUCUGCCUCUUGGGGUGAAGCUGCCUGUGAUCCCAGGAAGCAACCCUUUAUACUAUACCACGAAAUUAAGUGAAAAGCUUUUCCGACCUUCUUAUGGUUUUAACCUGACUGAUCCUUAUUGUCGACUUUUGGAAAACCAAUAUAAAAGUCUCCAUGAUCCACAUUUAAGAGCCUACCAUAACCGUAAAGACAUCUUGAGGAGAUUAAAGAAAGGUGGCUACAUCACCAGCAAUAAUAGAAUUGUAUGUACCUUGAGGGAAUUGAAUAAGUACAGGCAAUAUCUUACCAGUUUAAAAUUAGACUUUGAAAGAAACUAUAUAAGAGAACAAAAAAUACUUGCAAAACAAGUAAGUAAACUACAGGAAGACAAUCAAAUACGUGGACGUUCUGAUGUUGCACAGUUCCAAAAUUGGUUGUUACAGGAGGGCACCCCAUCUAUUAAGGACCAGGAACGAUUAAUAAGGCACAGAUAUUUGGGUACGAUAAGUAGGGAAUUAGAACAUCUUGAGCGCACAGCAGAAGAACAACGCCUAAUACGGAUGGAUAGAGAAGAAAGACAACAGCGAGAACACACAAGAAGAAAACUUGAUCUUCGUAGAAAAAUUGAAGAGGAAUGGAAGUCAAAAGAGAUGUUACUUCUAACAAGGAUCGGAGAAGAUGCUAAAAGAGAAGCUAGGAUAGAGGAACAACGGCGUAAAAACAGAGAAGAGAGUGACAGAAAGAAACAAGCCCUUCUAGAGAAAAAAAUGGCUUAUCAUUUACAAAAAAUGCAAGAAAGUGGCAUUAAAAGAGAAGAUAUGAAGAAAAAUACAACUGAUUACAGAGAACAAGAUGGACCACAUGAAUCUUAUUCUCCAAAGAAGAAAAAGAAGAGUAAUGAUGACAUAAAGAUAAUUUAUCCUCUUGAUGACCAGAAAGCAAAUAAAGGAGCAUAUGAACCCUUUGUAAACACCAUUCAUCGGUCUCUAAGUAGUUCAAAGAAUAUUGCCAAAACAUCAGUACCUUCUCUUGUUUCUCAACCAGAUGUACAAGAUAAUGAUACUGAACAAAAGAAAGAUGGAGAGACAAAUAAAAAAUCAAGUGUUUCUGAUAAUAGAGGACCUCGGGCUCCUGCCACAGUCCAGGGUACUUUCUCUUCUUCUGUUUUCUCAAAUACACAACAGAAUCUCCUACAAAACUGCUUGCAAGAAAAAGUAACUUCUGGGGAACUGAAUAGCACAAUUCAGAACAUAAUGACCUGGGUUGUGGCUACAGUGACCAGUAUAUUAUACCCAGCCAUCACAAAGUAUGAAGAAAGGUUGAAAAAUAAUGCAUACCCAGUAUCUGAUGACUCCAUCCUCUCUUCAGAUAGUUCGAGUUUUUGUAGCACAUGCAGUGAAGAGUUUACAUAUGGAAGCUACACAUCUGCAACAACUAAAACAUUUCAGGGAGAGCCCUGUGCAUUUGCAGUUGACAUAUCAGUAAGGCGACCAACCACACCUUUAAAACCACCAUCUGCCCAUGUGGAAAGAACAGUUGUGGGAAAAACACAUCACAUUAAAGGACAAUCUAUAACAUCUGAACUCAAAUAUAAUAAAACAAGCAUGAUAUAUACAUACCCUAAGCUCAGAAGUUGUAAAUCUGAUAGUCACCUUCUAGCAUCAUUUGAAACGGGCACAAAAAAAUCAAAGGAUGCUACCACUGAAACAGACGGCUUAGAGAGUCCAUUGUUUUCUGAUCAAAAAACAAAAGCUAUGAAUGAAAUGAAGAAUUUAAAGAAUGUUUUUGUUAACUUUAAAUGUCACUUAAAAGGGGAAACUGAAUUGAUUUUGGAAAGCAUUUUUCAAGAAAUAAUGUCUGAUUUAACACAGGCCAUUCCUUCUAUUUCUUCUGUUACUGCUGAAGUUUUUGUUGACCAAAGUGAGCCUGAAAAAGGAGACUUGGUUUCUAAUGCUGAUAUCUGCUCAGUAGCUUCAGAGAUCGUGGAAAACAUGCUUGAGAAGCUACAGUCUGCAGUUGAGAAAAAAUGUAUCCAGAUAUUUUCACAAGAAGAUUUGUCAGUCAACAUUAAACCAAGCUUAACACCCAGUGGAGAAUCUCUCACUCCAUCAUAUGGAAAACCUUUAAUAGAUUCACUGCCUCAUACUGUGGAACCCAUGUGUGAUAUUGCAGAGGAUAUGGUGCAUGCCAUUUUAGAAAAGUUGAUGACUCUUGCAUCUUGCAAGCAAUAUGAACUUCCUCAUCUUGAAGAUGCAGCUAAACUUUCUUAUCAGCAACAUAUGGCAGACCCAACAUAUAUGUGCUUUAUAAAAGCCAACAAAAAGAAAUGUCCUGAACUUGAUGCAGCUAAUUUAAUUGUUAAAGAGGAAAUACAAAAUUUAAUGUCAAAUAUUUUUUCCCAGUCCUCUUUGGUUGGCUUUAUAGAGGAAGCAAUCAGCACUAUACUAAGACAUGUACAAACCGAACUUAACAAUGAGAGACUUAUUGCAUCUGAUGAAACAGUAGUACUCCUUAAGCUGCUCGAUGAGAUCUUUACUCAGUUACAUCAGGAACCAGUAAAAGCAGAUAAUCAAAAAUGUAGACAUUCUAGACUGAGAAGUCCUUCUGACACUGAAGUAAAGUACAGACUCACUGGCACUAGAUUAUCUAAUGGUUCUGGGUCUGGAAGACCAUUUCCACCUAUUAAUGUUCCUGGCAUGGUCCUUUAUUCUGAAGAUGAUAAUGAAGAAAUAGACAAAAUUGUGGAAAAUGUGCUUGAUUCAUCUUUUAAAGAUGAAAAAGCAAAAUCACAAGAACAGAUUCCUGAGCAUUGGUUUACAAAAGGAAACACUUGUCUUGAAUACAAAAGAAAUAGCAAACAACCUACAAAGCCUGCUUCUCCAAGAAGCAAAACUGCAUUUCAUGAUCGGAGGUUAAAGACUGAGCUACCAUUUUUUAAGAAUAAAAUUUUAAAGGAAAAUCCCUGUUUAAAUAAAGACAUUUUGUUUUUCAGCCAAGAUCAAAAGCAUCAAAUACAAAAGGCUUCAGAAAACAUAGUUAAAAGUGUUUUAACGGAAAUGCUCAAGGACGUAUCUUCUAUUCCUCUUGGUCAUUUAGACAGUAAAACUGGCAAAGAAGCUUCAGUUGUUGUUUCAGAAAAACCUCAAGGACUGUCACAUCAAGAAUGGAUGGACCAGAUGUUUUCUGUGUCAGAAAUUAGUGCAGUGGCUCAAGAAAUAACAGAUGCUGUAUUAAAUACACUUUAUAAGGCAAGCUGCAUUCCCAAUGCCACCAAAAGUUCCAUUUCAUCAUCAGUUCUUCAAACUUCUCUAGAGAGUCCUGACACUCUCCACAUGGUCAAAAAAGCACCAAAUCAAAAGCCAUUAAAAAUAUGGUUCGAGAGUGAAAAGAAAAUGAAAUAUUUAUCUUCACUCGAUGUAGAUCCUGCAAAGCCUUCCCUGUUAAAAUCUGAAGAAAGUGAACCUAAGCCUAUAGAUGACAUUACUGAUAAGAUCAUUAAUGCAGUUUUUAAAAGGCUGAAGUUAUUUGUUUGUCCAAAAUUGCAAAUGGGCUUCAAACCUUCACUUGCAGAGCAAUCUUCAUUACAAUCUCAACUUAGUACUUAUACAACUAAAGUGGUAAACAUUGUUUUGCAUGCUAUCCAGAAUGAACUGGAACUCAAUAAGAAAAACCUAAAUCUUAGGGAAACAGACCAUACCAAAUCCCUUACAGGUAAAGGAUUUUUUACUGACACUGAUAAAUCAGAAUCUCUUGUCUCAAAUCUCAGUGAUGACAUUAUGGCAUCUGCAUUAUUAACUUGCAUUUGUGAAAUAUUAUCAAGUGGACAUUCAGAUCAAAGCAAUAUUUCACUCCCUUCAGAAAAUCCAAAGCCUAUGACGUCAUGCGGAUCUGAUAAUGUUGAUAAAGGGAACAUUUUGCCAAGUGGACAGGAUAAAAACACUUUUUACAAAUUUUUAGCUACGCCAUGUGCUCUCCACAGUGUCAUUAAUGAAAAAGAUCUCAAAGAGAAUUCCAGAUUGCAAGUGUUAGAUGAUAUUGGGGAAACACUCUAUGAAAUGUUAUGCAAGCUCAUAGGAGCCCACCCUCACUGUCAGCCAUCUUGUAGUAAGCUAAGCAGAGAGAAGACAAAUGAGAAUCAGCAAACAGCCACUGAAAUGCAGUCUAAUAUUCAGCUCAUUUCCACAACAAUUUUGGAAUAUAUCCUUGCAAAAUUAUGUAGUGUUGACAUGGAUAGUAGUUCUGUAAGUUCAGGAUUUAAAGCUGUCUCAGAGUCUCUUGAUAUUGACAGCCUAUUGUUUACUUCAAUUAUUGAGGAAAUGGCCAAGUGCACUGACAUAAUCUCCAGCAUAGUUUCCAGGAUGGUUCAGCAGGGUAAUAAAGAGAAGACUAAAAGCAAGGAAAAAUCUAUUGCUCCUAAGUCUUCCAAAACAGGGAGCAAAAAAGAAAUUCAUUCUAAUAAACUGAAAGCUGUGGCUUCAGAUAUUCUUAAUAUGGUUUUUGCUAAACUAGAAGAGUUUGCCAAUGGAAAUUUAGAAACUCUGGAGGCGUCUAUCAAUGAUGGAAAUAAAAAAAUCAGUAAGAUGGACUUGGAAUGUGAAAGUCCCAGUGUUUUCACGGACACACAUGAAGAACUAUUGCAAUCUGCUUUAUACACGCAUGCAAAGAAGGUAUCAAGUGCUAUUUUGAAAGCUAUUCAAACAGAAUUAAAGAUGAACUCAUUAGAUUUGAGGACAAGUAUGGAAACACCAUCACCUGACAAACAAAUGCUUGAGAAUAUAGUCAGUUUAAUUUUAGAUGCAGUAUCCUCAGAUAUGCUUAAUGAAACUGAAUCUGAAGAGAGAGGCAUUCAAACUUACAGAUACAGGCCAACCUAUGGAAAUUUUCUUCCUGGUGGAGUUGAAUCAGAUUCAUUUCUAGAAGAUGCUGCAAAUACAGAGAAAGAAUUCAUUGGAGAGAGAAGAUCACUUAGAGAAGAAACUAAAUCAGAUUCUCUUCAACAAUGUGUUCUAGAAAGAACCUUAAACAAAACUGAAGUGAAACUCAAAGAACCACAGAAAUCUCCAGUUGUUCCCAUUAUAAGAAAUAUUUUGAAUGAAAUUUUUCAAAGUGCUUUGGUCAGUCAAUUAAAUGUGCUUUCUCUCUCCCACUCCUAUUUAAGUGGCAUCCCUCACAAUAUUGAAGAGACAGUUGCUCAAACAUCUGCUCAAUUUAUAGAUAAAAUGAUGGUGUCUGAAGCAGAUGUAACCAAAGUGGUAGAUGAUGUUGUUAGGACUGUGUUUGAUAAACUUUAUUCAGCUGCUAUGACAGGGAGAAAUGCAAGUGAAAACCGGUAUAAGACCAUCACCUUUUCAACAAAUGUUUCUUUUCAUGAACACACCAGUGGAGGAGAAAAGCCCUCCAUCACUGUGCCGAACAAGAAUCCGUAUACUCUUCAGUCCAGAUUCAAUGUUGACAAACAGGCUAAAGUAAACAUAGUUGAAGAUAUUAUACAGGCAAUAUUAAUAAGUUUAGAAAUUUUUGCUACUUCCAAAGUACAAUCUCUCUUUUGUCCCCAGAUCAACUUCACAGUUCCAAUGGCUUUACCUAUUCAGCAGGAUAAGAGUACAUUAAGCAAAGCAUUAUCAGCCAAAGAUUUGUAUUCUGAUGAUCAAUUUUCCUGUUGCUCAGUGGAUCAUAUUAUGUCAGAAAAGACCAACUCAUUAUGUCAAGUCUCUUUGAAUAAAUUAAAUACAUAUGCAACAGAAGUGGCCAGAAAAAUUUUACAAGGAAUCAAACAUGAAUUAGAUAAAGAAAGGGAAAAUUCUUUCUUAACUCAUAACAUUGUGGUUUCUGAGAGUAUUGCAAGUCAAAUUGUUAACACAAUGUUAGAUAUUGUAUCAUCUAAAGGAAAAUGUGACAAAAACAAUCCUGACAAAGACAUUAAUUCAGAUCAGCAAGAAGGUAUUAUUGAAAAGCUGUUUAUUAAGACUGAGUAUCAAAAAGUACUUCAGUUUCAAAUACAAGAUACCAUUGAAAGUAUCUUAUGUGAUAUUUAUGAAAAAAUACUGUAUCAGAAUAAUCUCUCAUUUGCCACACCCACUUUGAAAUGUAGCAUAGCUGGCAAACAUUCCAGAGCAAAUUCUGAAAUGUUCAUUGAGGGUGCAAAUAAGAUUCUUCCAAAUUUUUCAGUUCCUAACUCAGAUGUCAUAUUGAUAUCCACUGAUAUAGUAGAUAUCGUUCUGCAUAAUCUCAGUUCUGCUGUCAUACUUAGCAUAAAUUCAAAGGAUCCUACUUCUACAAGAUUGCCCCUGACCUUUUGUGAUAUGUUUCCAAAAGCAGAGUGUCAACAGCCUCUUCUUAUGGAGUCAAAAAGUGAAAGAAAAACAGGGCAUUUUCCAUCUUCAAAAAAUCUGAAAUCAGCUUAUGCUAAUGAUACUCAUAUAACUAUAGUAGAGAAAGAAGACCCCAAGAAAUCUGUUCCUGACCCAUGUGAGGAAAGUGCUGACUUCAUUACUAAAACUAUUUUCAAUCGGUUAGAAUCAUUUGCCACAGAAAGAAUGGAUUUGUUAAUUACUCUUGCUUUCCAGCCUAAAGAAAAGUCAUUUCUGAGCCCAGAACUGGAAAACUGUAGACGAGAUGACAGCAUCUUUCAUGAAUCAAGCCAGGUGGAAUCAAAUGUGAAUAUUCUGAAAAUAUCAAAUGAAACUGUUCUCAGUGAAGAGCUCACAGAUUUCACUUUUGCCAGUUACAGAGAAAAACUUGGAUCUACAAUUCAUCUAUCACAAGCUAGUCUUAAAGAAUAUGCUGACAUCAUUGCCAGUGCCAUUUUGAAGCUGAUUAAAAAUGACUUAGACCUCAAAAUCCAAAAGAUGCAUCCAUACCCAAACAACAUUUCAUUCCAAGAAAUCACCACUGUGAGUGAAAUUGUCAACAGUAUCUUAAAGAUUUUAUAUAAUAAAAGAUCUGUAAAGGAAAUCAGUUUUUACUCAAAGGACAAUCCUAACUUACUUUCACAACGAACUGCAUCAAAUGAAAUAUCACUGGGACAAAGAGCUCAGGAAACACACACCAAACUGUCUCUGUUUUCAAAGUAUCCAUUAGAACAAAACCAAAUGGCAUUGGAAAGGGAAAGCCAGAGAAUUGUUCUAGAGGAAAUAUUUACAAAAAAUGAAGAAUCAAAACAAAAAGCAAGAACUGCAUUAUUCAGUGCAGUGGAAGAAGUUUUAAGUAAAGUGUAUCAAAGAACAAUGGAAAUCAUAGGCCAUUUGCCUUCAUUUAAUGAAAUCCCCCACUUUAUGUCUAGCUCUAAAAUUAAAACAUUAGACAUAACACAAAAAAACUUCUUUCAAUCCCAUAUUAACAGUGUAGCAAGUGACAUAAUUGAAAGCGUUUUGGGGGAAAUGUACUCUGUAGUUGUGACGUCGUUAUAUGAAAGUAAUAAAGUACAAGCAACUGACAAAAAUAUUUUGCCAAAGAAAUCAUCAUGCAUCAGAGAAACUACACAAGCAGGAAUAGGAAGUAAUCUCACUAGCUAUAUGCUACCACAGGUUUAUCCUUAUGCAGGCAGUCAAAAUGUCCCUCUAUUGGAAAAAACUUUUUUACAAUAUUCACCAUUAAAAGUGGGGAAGGAUUUAGUCCAAAUGGUUCUCAAUAAGAUCACAAAUUUUGCCUCACUUUAUCUAGAAGAGGCCCUGUCCCAUAAAGGUGGUUCUGUUGAGUUGCAACCUCUAAGGCUACACAGUUCUAAACUAAGCCCUAAGGGCAACCCUAAGCCAGGUUUUAAAACAAGUUUAAAAGCAAGAUCAAAAGUUACUCCUUUGCCUAAAUUUAGAGCAAAACCACACCUAGGACCUAGUCGUACUAAGGCCAAAAGCAAGACUAAAUUAGGUCCUGGAGAGAAGACUCCAAAAUACAUCUGGUCCAAGACUGCCAUUGGGCUGCCACACAUCCUAUCAACGGGAGAUGCCAAAAACUUACUGAAAGUAAAGUUGCCUACUUCAGAACUAAAAAUGUAUGCCAAGGAUAUAAUAAGUAAUAUCCUGAAAACAACUGUUAAAGAAUUUGAAAAGGUGACGCAAAUUAGAGCAAUGGUAGGUGAUAAAGCUUUACCAUCCGAUCAAAUCAUGGCAGCAAAUAAAAUAGUUAGUACGGUUUUGCAAGGAUUAUAUGCUACAAAUAACCAAAAUUUGGCUAAUCCUAUCGUAUUCUGUCAUCUGGAUGAUCCCAAACUUUCACAGGGGAAUAUAGGUGCAGAGUCUCUUGUCAAACCACAAGCAUGUUUUUACUUGGAAAAUGUUUCUUCACAGUUAGAACAGAUUUUUCCUAAAGAAGGUGUAUUUAAAAAAAUGUUUGACAAAUGGCAAGCAGAAUCAAAUGACAUGGAAAAUGAAAAAUGUAAGCUCUUGAUGAUAGCUGAAAAUGGUUUGACAGAAAUUUCAAUAAAAGCAAAAGAAUUAGAAUAUUCUCUUUCGCUUUUAAAUUUGCCACAUCUUGAAGAUUGUGAAAACAGGUUUCAUAGUUGUUUUAAGGGAGCUUCUACAAGAGCUGAAGACACCAAAGCACAAAUUAAUAUGUUUGGAAGGGAAAUUGUUGAAAUGCUAUUUGAAAAAUUACAGCUGUGCUUUUUAUCCCAAAUGCCCACCCCACGUGGUAAAGAAACUCCAGCAAGCAGGAAAGAACACAUUACUACUAAAAGUAAAUGUGGUUUUCCAACCAAGGACAUCCUCAGCAAUGAACCAAUAUAUAACACUAAAACCGAAGACCAAAGUCUUUUGGGCUCUAGCAACCAAAUUGUUCGAGAAAUUGUAGACAGGGUUUUAAACCUGUUAGAGUCUUUUGUAGACUUACAGUUUAAACAUAUCUCUAAAUAUGAGUUUUCUGAAGUAGCGAAGAUGCCUGUAGAAAACCUUUUUCCUGUCCAACAGAGACUAAGCAAAAAGAUGUUGCCAAAAUUACAACCACUAAAAAAGUUUUCUGAUGAAUCCAAGUCAAGUACUGUUAUUUCCAAGGAAAAUGUACAGAAUACCCUUCUACAGGUUCAUUCGUUCCAUUCAGAGUUACUUACAUAUGCCAUUAAUAUUGUCAGCGACAUGCUUGGUAUAAUUAAGAGCAAGCUGGACAAAGAAAUAAGCCAAGCAGAACCAUCUUCAAUUAGCAUAUUGAAAGAAAAUAUUGCAGCAAGUGAGAUCAUUGGUACAUUGAUGGACCAGUAUACUCAUUUCAAUGAGUCUCUGAUCAAAAACCUUCCAAAGGAAAGUUUGUUCCAAGGAGUAGAAAAUACCUACAUUGUUAAUCAGGUUGAAUUAGCAACUGAUACGAAAAUGCCCAUGUCAAAGUUAAAGGAAGUAGGAUUCGGGAAUCAUCCUCCACAAAGCAGCAUACCAGGUUUAGGGUUUUAUUCAGAGGAAGAUAAGAAAAAAAGGUAUAAGUCUUCAUCAAAUUUACCCUUAUAUUCCAGAGCCUCCGUAGAAGACACAAUUAGAAACUCAGAGCCAAUGGAAAGGCCUGAUUCAGAAAACAUACCAUCAUGCUCUAGAAACAAAGUACAAGACUUUAGCCGAAAGGAAUCUGACUUGGGCUAUUUUGAUCAAGCUAUGAAAGGAAAUAGCUCCCUCCCUGAAGGGAGUGUCUUACAAAAACUGUUAAAGAAAGCAAAUGAAUCCACAGAAACAGCAUCACAGCAAGUCACGUCAUUCACAGAAAUGAGAAAAGGUGAAAAUCCAAGAGUGUUUCAUUAUGAGAUCUCCAAACCAGUUGUUGAGCCAAACCAAAUUCAGACAACUGUCUCUCCACUCAAAAUUUGUUUAGCCGCAGAAAAUAUUGUCAGUACUGUGCUGUUAAGCUACGGCUUUCCAAGUCAACCACACAUUAAUGAAAGCACAGAAACAAUGAAACCAUUUUUCAUAUCAAAGCAAAACCCUUUGUCUGUAAUAUAUGGUCAAAAGAAUGAGGAAAAAAGUUUGCUUAGAAUGUGGGAUAAAAGAAUCAGUUGUAUACCUGAAGAAGAAAACAAAAAACCUGAAGCCAGCAGGGGAGAUUUUUCUUUAAUGCAAAAAUUGGAAAAUAAGAGUUACCUGAAGAUAAAGACUCUGAAGGAAGUUGAAGUCAUUGCUUUUGCUGAUCAUGAACUGGGUCCAAAUGAAAUUCAUUUGGUAGCAAGACAUGUCACCACAUCUGUGGUCACAUAUUUCAAGAACUUUGAAACUAGAGUUUCCAGUGAGGAGGUGUCUAUUGUUUCCACACCGUCAAGAAAAAAAUAUGAAUCAAAACAGCCUCUAAGAAGCAUAUACAAUGAUUAUUCUCUUUAUCAAUUUUGUGAACAUCUCACUGAGUCCGUCAUUUGCCAUUUAAUUUCAAGCAUUUCUGAUAGCACCACAGAUAGCAGAGAAAAGGAGAAAGCUUCCCAUGCAGCAUUUAACACAAUUAUUUCAAUUGAUUCUCAAGUGUUUGAGAGUAGGUCAAUUUCUGUUGGAGAACUUGCUUUAAGUAUUUCUGAAAUCAUUGCUGAAAUCCUUUUAAAUAGUAACAUCAUAGAGAUUGACAUUGCACAGCAAAUGUCUUCGUUAAAAAGAAAGUACAUUUGCUGCCCAGGAGUAGCUGCUGCUGACUUUGAUGAUCUCUUUCAGGAUCUCUUAAUAGGUGUGAUACAUGUACUGUCCAAAGAAAUAGGGUUAAAUCAUCACCUGGAAAACAGUGGAAGAAAUAGACCAUUUUCCAUGCUUAGAAGCAACAGUGUGCCCAUUUGCAACAAAAAAAAUACCAUGCAAAGACAGAAAGCUUCCAGAGACUGGGAAUUAUCUACUCACAAAACUGAUCAUAUCAUUCAAAAAAAUAAAUUAAGUUAUCUGGCCCAUAAGUUAGAUAGUCUGGCUGGUAGCCUAAAACCUCAUGAAUCCAAAGAAGUAGUCAACAAAGUUUUCAGUAUUGUUUUGGAUUUAUUUUUACCAGAUGAACAGCCAGAUGAGGCUAUGGAUGCUGAUAAAAAAGCAAUAUUUUUUUCAUCAUCAAAUGAUCGGCAAUGUAAUAACAUACUUGGAAAUAACUUAGGGCUCACCCCCAAAUCAGUUUUCCUUCUCAAUGUUGUGUGUGAGAAACUUAUUAGAACACUUUUAGAAAAAUGCACAAACUCUGUCUUUCUUGAUAAUAGCCCUCUUUCUGAAGAGAUAUCAGCAGAAGAAUGUCAACUUUUAAAAAUACUUCAAAGUGUACAAGGUGAAGAAUUUGGUUGUUGUAAGAGAACGAUGGACUGUGAACAAUUUCAAGGGGAUUAUAUGUCAGACGUUUUGGAAAAUCUGGCAGAAAUGGAUCAAGAUUUACUGUCAUCAGACUCUAUUCUUACUGUUCUUUCCCACAGCUUGGUUAAAUCAUUGAUGGAUAAAUUAUGUCACAGUAUACAACUGCCCCAAAGUCCACCUUUUGCAAACAAGCAUUUGAAGUAUGGAACGAGAGAAAUACAGUCUAGUUUCAUAAAAACAAAAAGGCCAGAGUUAACAGAAUUAGGACAAGGUAAAGGUUCUUUAGGACUCACGAGUUAUGAGGGCAAUGCUUUGACAGGACCCCUGAAUAAUCUCAGUGUAGUUAACUCCAAAAUACAAGCACCAUUUGGCAAGAAGUAUUCAGCAAAUUUUGCUAAUGUGUCACCUCUUAAAAGACAGGGAACAAAGGAUAUGGAUACAAUAGCCAUCCAUAAUAAGCUAUAUCCAGGAGAUAUGAAUACGGGUGUUUAUUCAGCCACAUUUUUAGAGGACAUAAUUUCAGAACUGUUUUUUAACCUCUCUAUUUCACUGUGGGGCAAAAAUGAAAACAUCACUGAAGCCCAGCUCAAUGAGAUGAAUGCAUUAUUUAUCAACAGUGUAGUGAAUGAGUUUAAUAAGGCAAGGGUCACUGUUUUACGGAAUUCUGAAGAAAGACUGUGUUUUCCACCAAUCCAUAAAGAAACUUUUAGUAGGAUUGUUGACUCCGUUUAUUAUGAUGUUUUACAGCAAUAUAAGUUGAAAAUGACCUGUGGUGGUAAUCUGGCAUGUGACAGUACUUCAAUAGCAGAACAAAUAACGAAUAGCAUAUUGUUAGAGAUUUUGGACUACCAACUCCCAUCUUGCUUCAGGGGAAAGCUCUUACAUAAUUCAUACUACCCUCUCAAUGCUGAAAUUAUAUUACAGAAACUUCAAAACAACCUGAGAGAAUUUACUUCCCAAGCUAGUUCUUCAGCGGGCUAUAGCACCAUGUUAUCACACUCAUUUUUAGAAGAUAUCAUCAGAAGACUUUUAUCUCAAUUCAUUCCUCCACCCAGUAAGGCGUCCUCUUUGGGAAAAAAAUAUUUCAUGAGUUCAGAUUUUAAUGAAAUAUCAACCUGUAUAAUAAAUAAGGUUAUAUCAGCCAUUUCAAAACAUAAAAUUUGGUUCACUAUAUAUGAUAAUCAAUAUCUAUGUACAGGAAAAAACCUCCAGAAGAUGGUGGAUUCUGUUUAUAGAAAUAUUAUGCAAACAUCUGACUCUCUUCUUUCAAUACAGAAAAGUAUAGUCAGCAGAAGCGCAAUUAUGGUUGACCAAAUAGCCAGUUUUAUUAUCCAAGAGAUUAUUGAAAAUCAUCUUCAACCAUUUUUGUGUGGAGAAGGUUUACCUCGUCCAAAGACUCCAUCGGAUACAAUAUCGAAUACGGUUAAACAGGUUCUCAGUGAAGUCAUAGAGUCACACAGACCCCAGACACCAUCACCCUCAGGUAUUUACCCUAAGACAUUUGUAGGGGAAAUUGUUGCCAGACUUUUAUCAAAAAUUUUCAGUCCAAAGCAUAACACUGAAAUUGAGCUGGAAAACAUGACCCAAAAAAUAGUAAACUCAGUAAAUAACCAUUUUGACAAAGCUAAAGUUCACAUUCUAUAUAAUGACAAAGAACAGUCUUACCCCUCUGUAGAUACAGAUAUUGUGGAUGAACUCGUCACCUCAGUUUAUAGAAAUGUUUUAAAACAGCAUGGAUUAGACCCUGAGGUUGAUAAAGAGUCUGAAGACAGAGAUAUUUUUGUGAAAAAAAUUACCAACUUAGUUGUAGCAGCUAUUUCAGAUUACCUUCUUCAUCCACUGUUUUCUGGGGAUUUGCCAUCUUCAUAUUUUAUUUCAACAACUGAGAAUAUCAUUCAAGAUGUUCUUAGUAACAUCAGUAGGUCUACCAAGCCAAGUCAGAGUUUAUCUCCAUAUAACACCUUGCUGCCAUAUACAUUUUUAGAAGACAUGAUCAGAAUACUAUUAUCUAGAAUUUUCCCUUCUGCAUCUAGCAUUGUUGCAAACAGAGAAACUCCAAAAGAUAGAUCAAAAGUUAAUUUCAAUGAAAUUGCUUCAAAUAUAAUCAGUGAUAUUAGGAUGAAAAUUUCCCAACAUGACAUUCGAUGUUCAAGAGAUGAAGAAACCAAGUUUGUUUAUUCAGAAGACAGUGUUCAGCAUCUUGUGGACUCAGUAUUCAAAAAUAUUUCAAACUCUGAGUCUCAAGAAUCAGUUGAGCAAAAUAUCACAAGCAGUAAUGACGUUUUUAUUGACAGAAUAGCAGGUUUUAUCAUUAAACAUAUCUGUCAACAACAUCUUCAGCCAUUUGUGAACAGAAAGUCAUUACCUUCUUCAUCAUAUACAUAUUUUGGUGAUGAGAAAAGGCAGUGGUUUUAUGCCAGUGUUUAUUCCUCAACUUUUUUGGAAGAUGUGAUUUCUGGGGUUUUAGGCAAGAUAUUCCACAGGGUGUUAGGCAUUGUACAAACAAAAUCAGUAACAGAUUCAGAAGAUGAACUGUUUGAUAAAGCUGAAAAACUCAUACAGUUCAUAACAGAGGAAUUCUCAAAAGCCCAAGUUAGCAUUUUAGAGAAUGCUGAGGAAAAUUUAUGUUUGCCUCCAGUGGAGAGAGAUGUAGUCAAAAACAUUAUUGACAUGGUGUACAGCAAAGUUGUGCAAGAAUAUGAAAUGGAUAUGAUGCCUGAUAAAGAUUUUCUAAAUGACACAAAGACACUGGCUGCAAGGAUAACUAAAACCAUCCUAGCCGAAACCUUUGAUUUCCAAAUUCAUACAAAUCUUAUAGAAAAGUUUCCAUUUGGAUCACAAUCCAAACUUAGUACUGAUAUUUUGAUAAAGAAAGUUCAAUGUGACAUUACUAAAUCAAGAUUCCAAAGACAGGCUUCAACAAUAUAUACUACUAUGUUAUCACAUACUCAUUUGGAAAAAAUUGUGUCUCAGCUUAUAUCUCAGAUGAGUCCAUUGGCCUCCAGUACAGAACACCCAAAUACUUCUCAAUCAGACUUAAGUAAUACAGUAAUAAAACUGAUAAAUGAAAUCAUGUCAAUAAUUUCAAAACAUUCAAUAUGUAUUAUUAAACAUGGGAAUGAAAAACAUAGUAUGAUUUCAGAAAAAGAUAUCCAAUCCAUGGUUGAUUCCAUUUAUGCUGAUCUUUCCUAUUCAAAUAUAUACCAGUCUCUUACAAAAGAUAAAAAAAAUAUAAGUAAUAUACCUGUUUCAAAAAUAGCAAGUUUUAUAAUAAAAGAAAUCUUUAACCAUCAUCUUCAGUUAUUUUUAUCUGGAGAUAAAACUCUCCUUUCAGCCGCAGUUGAUCAAACUUACAAACAGAAAGUAGUAGAUUCUAAACAAAAAGAGUUGUCUUUAAUUGUGAAUUCAGCUGUCUUUUUGGAGGAAGUAAUUUCUGAACUUUUAUGUAAACUUCUUUAUGCAUUCUCACAUAAUGUCUUGGCUGCUGAAAAUCCAGAUAUAGUUAAAGACAAAAUUACUGGCAUUGUUACAACAUUAGUAAAAUCAAUUGUUCUGGAGUUCACCACAUCGGAGAUUUUAGUUUCAGAUAACUUUGAUGAUGAUAUGUGUUUUUCAGAAGGAUAUAAAGAAAUGGUUAAAAAAACAGUCAACCUAAUUUAUGAAAAACUAUUAGAUGAAUAUAAAUCUCUGAUUCAAAUAUAUAGGGCUAUACAAAGUGACACAGCUUGUUUUGGAAGAAAAAUAUUUAAUUUGCUUUUGGAAGAAAUUUAUGAUUAUCAGGUGCAGUCAUUAGUUUCAGGAGAAUUAGUAUCUUCUUCCUACUCUUCCCCUCAAGCUGAUAAAAUCAUCAGAAAUGUGCUCAAUGUCAUCAUGAGAGAUAGCCAUGCCUUGCCAUUACGUAUUACUGUGCUGUCACAUUCUCUUUUAGAAGACAUGAUUUACAAGCUUCUAGUGCAUAUCUUCCCUUCAACUGACACUGAAAGUGAACUACAAGAGGAAGAGGUUUCACCAGAUUAUGAGUUUGUGGAUGCAGCAUCAAAAUUAACUGAUGAAAUUAUCAAAGAAAUUUCUGAACAUGAGAUCCGUCUUGCUAGGGCAGAGGAGAACACAGAGAGUAUGCAAUUAGAAGUGACUGAGAAUUUGGUUGACUCUAUAUGUAAUAAUAUUUUGAAAAAAUCUGAAUUUCAAGCUGAAGUCCAGAAAGAUGCAGACAAAAAAGGAGGCUCAUUCCUCAGUAAAAUAGCUGGUUUCAUUAUGAAGGAAAUCAUGGAUCAUCAUCUGAGGCCAUUUUUACAUGGUGAAGAAUCAUCUUCCAAUAACUUAUCUAAUUAUGACCAUGUCUCUGUACAUACUAAACCUGGUAAAGAAAAGAGACAGCCUUCUCUAUAUUCAGCUACAUUUUUGGAAGAUGUAAUUGUUGACCUUGUUCACAAGUUUUGCUCUCUUCCAAGUAUUACUGAAGAUUCUAAGAAAAAAGAAACACCAGAGCCAGACAUUGUGAGCUUGGCUAUAAAAUUUGCAAACUCUCUGAUAGGAGAAUUUAGGAAAAGUGAAAUUAAAGUUCUACCAAAUGCUGAAGAAAUUUUUUCUUUUCCACCAAUUGAUAAAGAGACAGUUGAUAAGAUAUCCAAUUUUGUGUAUGAUCAGUUCAUAGGAAAGUAUGGAUCUAAUGCUAUUCAGAAGGAUGAUAAAAACAACAUUGUUACAGAAAUGAUUUCUGCUUCAGCCCAGAAGGCCAUCUCUGCUUUCAAGAUUCAACCACUUUUUUCAGGAGACUGGUCUUCCACCUUCUAUUCAUUUCUAAAUCCAGAUAACAUCACCCAAAGGGUUAAACACCUUCUACAGAAAACCUCUACACAGAUAAACAGAUGCUUAAAAGGGAACCAACUUACUUUACCAGAACAAUCAUAUAAACACACAUCUCUAACCUCAGACCAGAAAAAUGUGUUGGAUACUUUGGAAAUAGAUAGAGGUGCAAUGAGUAAAAAGAAAAGUUUCAAAACUAAGGAGACAUCAAUGAAAAAAGGUGACAUCCAAGAUCCAAUAGUUACCUCUGUAACUAGAAUUAUGAAAAGCAACAUGGUUAACCUGUUAUCAGAGUCAGCUGCAGAUGUGGCAAAUAAAAAGAAAGAGAAUGAAAAUAAAAUGGGAAUUCCAAUUCAAAAAUAUAAUGUAUCAGAAGUUACUUCUCCAACUACUAGUGUGAAAAAUAAAGAUAAACAGGAGCUGUAUUUGAAGGGAACACUUAAAAAUAAUGAAAUUGAGAAGAAAAGCAUAUCACUUUCAAAUAAGGAGGGGCAAGGUAAGGAGGUACACACACAAUUUCUAGUAGCUACUGAUGGUACAGAAUGUGAAAAGGAAAUACUUGGACCAGAUUUUGCAAUAGACAUUGAGAAGAAGAUUGACAAAACAAGAGAAAAUUCAUUAAAAAAAGAAGACAAGCCCUUUCAGUUAUCUUCUUUGACAACCAAAGCAAGAAAUACAAAGACCACAAUAGAGAAAACAGUUGCCCAAAAGCCAAACGAUGAGGAAAGGAAAGACUCUCCAGCUCAAAUAGAUAUAAAGGAAGGACAGUGCUCAGAUUAUGAAUGUGUUCAAAAUGUCAUUGAAAAUAUUUAUGAUAAUAUCUUAGGAAUAUAUCAUUCUCAAGAAUUAGCAGAUUAUUCAAAACGACAAAGUCUGCCAAGUUAUAUAUCAUUGCCUCUAGUUCAAGAGGUUGGCAAGGAUUUUGCACAGUCCAUUUCAACAAAGGAUUUAUACCUGUCAAUUAACAAAAAUCUCCCUGCCAAAGAGAAAAAAGAAGAAAAAGAGAAAGCAAGAGAAAUAGAAAAAGAGAGGGAGAAAGAGAAAGAGAGAGGGGAAAAAAGAGAAAAAGAGAAAGUAAAAGUUAAGGAUAUUAAAAAGGAACCUAGUAAAUCAGACAGUCCUCAGUACCCACCAAAAAGUGAACCUGGAAUUUUUCCUGCUAAAUUUUUAGAAGAUGUUAUCACCGAAAUGGUUAACAAAUUGGUCUUUUCUUCCUCAGAAACACAAACAUAUGAUAGAUGCCAAAAUGUAAGUGAUGAUGAAAAUCAAGCUGAACUCUAUGACACAGCUAUGAGACUUAUUGAUUCACUGUUGAAGGAGUUUUCAGAUGCUCAAAUUAAGGUAUUUAGGCCAGAUAAGGAAAAUCAGUUUUUUCUACCUGUAGAUAAAGUGUCAUCAGUUCCUAAAGAACCUCCCAGGCAUAAAGAAUCAAAUAUAGAUAAAGCACCAUCCAAUGUCAAGAAAAUAACUGUGGAUAAUAUGCAUAAAAUGACUGAAAAACCCUCUUCAAAUAAGAUACUUUUCCUAGAUAAAAUAUCAAUUGAUAAAACAUUGGUCAACAAAGUUGUUCACUCCUCUGUGUGCAAUAUUUUGAAGGAAUAUAAAUCUCAAGACUCCAUUUGUAAGACUAUAAAGAGUAAUGGGGGAAAUUUAGCAAGACGACUAACUAGUGCAGUGAUAAGUGAAAUUUUUCAAUAUAAGCUAAAUUUGAUAUCGUGUGAUGAGUUUCCACCUUCAUGUUUGCCUCUGGAAACUAAAGAUGUUGUUAAAAAGGUCCAAAAGCUGGCUCGAACAGCCAGCAAAGAAUGUCAAACAUCAUCGCCAUAUACCAUCAUGCUGCCUCAUGAAUUCUUAGAGAAUGUGAUUUACGCUCUUUCAUCUAAAAUUUUCUCAACAGUAUCCAACACUGAAGCAGAAACAUCUGAGGGCAACUGGUUCACAGAACUAGAUUUCUUUCAAAUGAAGUUAUUAAGUACAGUUACAACAGAGAUCUCCAAAAAUGAAGAUAUGAUUAUACAGUAUGUGGAAUCCUUACAUCCCAAUGAUGAUGAAAUUAUUCAAUUAGUGGUUCAAUCGCUCUAUAAUAAUCUCUUGUCACAGUUUGGAUCACAAGAGAUUAUACAAAAUUGUGCAACCAGUGGAUGUAGAAUUCUUUCAGAAACCAUGGUUGACUUAAUUCUACAAGAAGUGACUGGUAAUCAGUUGCAGAACUACUUUUCUGGAGAGCUAACUCCAUAUCAGUGUGCAGAAGUUGACAAUGUUGUUGAAAAUAUUCUUAAAGAUGUUAUCCAAACUGCUGAUGUUCCCCAGCCUCAACCAUCACAUGCUCGUAUACUGCCUUAUAACAUAAUAGAAGAAAUUGCUGUGAAAUUUUUAUCGAAGCUUUUAUCUAUGUUUCCAAAAGUAGAUAAUGAAAGACCCAAAUCCCUAGAAACUGAAAUUCAAAAAAUUAUCUCAAAAAUAUUAAAUUCAAUACAAGAAUUUAUCUCCAAAAGUAAGAUUAAAGUUGUAUCACCAGCGAAGGAAUUGCCUACUGUACCUUUAGCUGACAAUGAAACCAUUGAAAAAGUAGUUAAUUCUGUUUAUACCAGUAUUUUAAAGCACUCUGGCUCACACAUUUCUAUAUUUAAAGAUUUAAUGGGUAAGAGUAAUGUCCUCUCUGAUAUAAUAGGUUUUUUAUUGGUGAAAGAAAUUUCCAAUUCUAAAUUUCAACCUCAAGUAGAGGAAGAAUUACCAAGUUCAGAAUUAGCUCUGGAAGCUAUCAAAAUUAUGGAAAGAGUGGCCAAAAUGGUUAAUGAAUUUAAGUCCCAGGAAAAGUCUUCAUCCAAAAAACGUUCUGUGUUAGAUGCCACGUUUUUAGAGGAAGCAUUGGCUUUGUUCUUGGCUAAAAUAGUAAGGUUGCCAAGUGCCUCAAGCAAACAUGCAAAAAACUUAUCAAAGCCUGAGUUAAAUAAAAUUGCAUCUCAACUGACAAAAUCUGUGACGGCUGAAAUUUCUAAGAGUAAUAUUAAUCUUGUUGCUGCUGAUUCUGAAGAACACUUUUUAAAUCCAGAAAGUAUAGAAAUGAUUUCUCAGGUUAUUGAUUCUAUUUAUAGUAAUGUACUACAACAACCGAGAACCCAUAAAGAUCUUUAUUAUGAUAUAAAAAGUACAAAUGGAGUUUUCCCUAAAAAAGUGGCCAGUUUAAUUAUUAAUGAAGUUUCAAAUUUUCCCUUAGAUAUCGUUAGUCCAAAGAAUUCAAAUGCUGGUCUCUUAGGAGAUCUAGACAUUAACAGAAUUGUUCAAAAGGCACAAGAGCAUGCUAAAGUGAUCCCUGACUUAGAUAAAGAAGAGUCAAAUAAAGAUUCAAUUGUAGAGGACUCUACAAUUAAAAUAGUUCCACAUGUUGGGAAUAAACCACUCAAAAUAGAUCCAAACAUUAUCUCAGAACAUUUAGCAGUAAUUUCUGUAAAAACUCAACCUCUUGAGAAACUUAAGGUGGAAUGUUUUAAAAACACUGGACAUAACAUAGCAGAACUGAGAAGAGCAUCAAUAAGUAGAAGAAGUUAUUCCUCAGACACAUCUACUGUAGGACAGUUAAAAAGAGAAAGACGUACCUCAUUGAAUAAGAUGGGACGACUCGAUGUAAAACCCUUUGAGGCUGUUUGCAGAAAUUCAUUUCAGAAUAUAAGGAAGCCUGAUAUCACCAAGGUGGAGCUUUUAAAAGAUGUUCAGAACAAAAAAGAACUUAUCCUUCGGUUAGUAGCUCAUGAUAUUGAUCAAGAAGUUUCAGAAAGUACCAUAGAAGAGGAACUAAUGUCUGAUGAAAAUGAAGUUGUUUUAAGAGAGAUUGUACAAGAAGAACACUUAGGAGAAAAAGUUGAAGAUCAAGUGAAAGAAGCCACAAAGCCAAUAGAAACCAAAGUUGUUUCUCCCAAGCCAACACGAAGCACAAGUAGCCUGAAAAAGAAUUUUUCAUUAAGCAAAUGUUGUCAGCCCACAUCCAAUGCAAAUGUUGAAAAUACUGAAGCAACCUCAAAUCAUGUAAUAGAAUCGAAGGAGGGACAAGUUAAAAGAACUCUUGCUAAACUUGACAUGGCCACCUGCUCAAGAACCUUGACUGAAACAGAUUCUAUUUGGGAGGAAAAGCCACAGAGCAAGAAAGAAGAAAGAAACCAUAUUUCUGAGCCGACACAUUACUUCAUACACAGAAUUAUGAGUUCAUCUUCAUACAACCAAGAAGACCUGAUUUCAUCUGCUGGUGAGACUGAAGAUUGUAUGGCAGAUAAAAGUACAAAAAUUAUGGAAGCAAGUUCUCGGGAACGAAGCCCAGAAAGUUCAAACAGUGUUAAGUUUACCACCAUAUUUGAAGGAAACAAGAAUAUUCUUGGUAGUGUGAAUUCCUCAAAAGAAGUCAUUUCAGAAACUCCGAAGGCUAGUAUUCCUAAACAAGGAUCUAAAAUGCUGGCAAAGAUAUCUUCAGCUCUGUCAAAGGUGUUUUCUCGAACUAACACCAAUAUUUCCAAAUCUUCCUCACCACCUCACCAGGACAAGCACUGAAGUUUCUACACCUGAUAUAACUAUGCUUACUUCCCUUA